UUGGGUAUACAAUCCGCGGCGCCCACAUUUAGACAAACAAGCUCACACCAACCAAGAAAACCCUAUAAAUUGCCAUCCCAACCUCCCAAAUGCUCCACAGUACAAACCACAUUUCAAACACUUGCAUUUUCUCUCUUUUCAUAUCAAAUGGCUGAGAGUGUCGUUCUCUUGGAUUUUUGGGCCAGCUCUUUUGGGCUGAGGGUCCGAAUCGCAUUCGCUGAGAAGGGUGUGGAAUACCAAUACAAGGAACAGGAUCUCUCCAACAAGAGCCCUCUCCUCCUUCAAUCUAACCCCAUCCACAAGAAGGUCCCUGUCCUUAUCCAUAACGGAAGGACUAUCUGCGAAUCACUCGUAAUCGUCCAAUACAUCGAUGAGGUCUGGACAGAGGGAUCACCGUUGAUGCCCAAAGAUCCAUACCAACGGGCCAAUGCCAGGUUCUGGGCUGACUACGUAGAUAAGAAGAUAUAUGAUAUUGGAUCAAGGAUAUGGAAAAGCAGAGGAGAGGCUAAAGAGACAGCAAAGAAAGAAUUUAUAGAGUGCUUGAAACUAUUGGAAGGCGAGCUAGGGGACAAACCAUAUUUCGGAGGCAAUACCUUUGAGUUCGUCGAUAUUGCCUUGAUUCCCUUUUCUUGUUGGUUUUACAGUUACGAGACUGAGGGGAAUUUCAGUAUAGAGAAGGAAUGUCCAAAGCUGAAGAUGUGGGUGAAGAGGUGUAUGGAGAGGGAGAGUGUGUCCAAAACACUUCCGGACCCACACAAGGUUUAUGACUUUGUGGGGUUCUUGAAGAAGAACAAGUAUGGAAUUGAAUAGAGUCAAAGAAAGAUUAAAAUAGAAAUGGAAGAUUUUUACAAGAUAGCAUUUGAGGUGGGAUGUUCCUUUUUUUGCGUGUUUUGGUUGUGUCUGCUUUGUUUUCUAGCGUUCUAUUAAUAAAGAUAUUUGCAGU